AUGGAUCUCCUAACCAUCCUACCUACCUUCAACACAAAACCAUAUACUCACAUCCUCCCACCCUUGGAACGCAGACACAUCACAACCGUCGAUCUGAUAACGCUCGAUUAUCUCGAAAUCGCGAAACGCGCGCACGUCCCGCCGGCUGAUGUGCGACGACUGUGCGCUGAUGUUGUUGCUGGGUUGCAUGCAGAUUUGGGAUUUGGCGCGAGUGAGGGGAAGUAUAAUAAUAAUGAGAAUAGUGAGGAUGUAGUUGAGAGUGAAGAUGGAGGGAGGAUAUUGAAUUUGUCCCGAUGGGAUACGAUCAGCACGUUGGACCCCGUACUCGAUGACCUUUUGGGUGGAGGAAUACCGACGGGAUAUUUGACGGAGGUUACUGGUGAGAGUGGAAGCGGAAAGACGCAAUUCCUCCUCAACCUCCUGCUCGCCGCCCAACUCGCCUCCCCCAAAGGCCUAGGCCGAAAAGCAAUCUACAUAUCCACCGAAGCACCACUCUCGACGCCCCGACUUUCUCAAAUCCUUCGAUCGCAUCCCUAUCUCGCCAACCUUCCCACCGCCGAGAAACCCUCACUAGCAAACGUGCUUUCUAUCACAGCCAUCGACCUCGAGACGCAAGACCACAUCCUAAACUACCAACUCCCCGUCGCAAUACAGCGGUACAACGUUGGCCUCGUAGUCAUCGACUCCAUAGCAGCUAAUUACCGCGCCGAACAUGCCUCGAAUAGCAUGCAAGGCCUCUCCGCGCGAUCCGGCGAGUUGGCGAAACUAGGGCAUAUGUUGCGCAAUCUCGCCGUGAGGGAGGACGUGGCUAUCGUCGUUGCGAAUCAAGUCUCUGAUCGGUUUGAUGGAAUGGCUGAUGCUCCAAUUCAACACUCGUAUGGACGAUUUCCGAGAAGUAGUCAAACCCCGCUUCUCAAUAGACAUACCAAGCUCGCUGCCAUGAUGGAUGCAAACGAUCACACGCCAUCGUCCUCUCCAGCCCUACCGCCUUCGUCGAUCCCUUCAUCUCCAUCCGCAUCGCAGCAACUCCCCGCUGACGACGACGCCUUUGACGGCGCAUACAUAAUCGGGCACCCAGUCCGAAACGAGACGCUGAGCCUCUCGCACCAGCAGAAAUUCUUCACUGGCUGGGGCGACGAAGCAGACAUCAACGAGUCGCAAAAGACGCCUGCGUUGGGGUUUGUAUGGUCUACGCAGAUUGCGUGUCGAAUAGCACUCAAAAAAGAGGAGGAGAUUGAUAUAUCUCGUGCUGCUGCCGUGGUGCAGCCGUUUCAGACACCUUUUCGAAACGGAAUCGGCACAACGCAGAUGGAUAUAAAAACUGCAAAGGAGGUCUCAAUUCAAUCAUCCCCUGUUCCUCCAUCAUCUAUACCUAUACCCUCUCAAACAGACACCGCCAACCACGACUCUACGCCUACAAAACCGUCCAUUACCACCACCACCACCACCACCACCACCACCACCAUCAUCACCAACGCCACAACUGCUACAACACGACCAAUAGAACGAGUAACAAAGCGCCGCCUUAAACUAGUCUUUGCGCCGUGGACAUCAGGGAUCGUCAACGACGAGUCGCAACGCAACACUCGAAAUGACAAUGAACUAGAAUUCGAGAUAUGGAAAGGUGGGUUACGCAGUAUUUUGUCGAGUGACUUAACUCAUCCAUAA